CAAGGCAACGGUUCUUUUUGCUAGCGCAAGCCAAAGUUUGACAUCCGACUUUCGCGGAAGAGAUUACCAAAAUCGUUUAUAAAAUGGUAUCUAAUUACAAAAUAUUGAACAUCCAGGCUCACUCCUGGACAGAGGAGGACAUGCAAAUAUUUCCAACGAUUAGCAAGCCAGUUUCGCAUGGCGGCUUUAUCUGGACGCCCAACGGGCAUUUCGAACGGAAUUUUCAAAAAAUUCCAUAUAUUGUGGUGCCGCCAAUCAACAAAUUUCCGAUUUCCCUUCGGCACGAGGGGCCGCCGGAGAAGCAGGAAAAGAUGCCCCAACUCUUUCUGGACAACAUGCUCCAGUAUAUAGAAUCUUCGUCGUUCUCGUACCUUAAAAUAGGCGACAACCUGAGGGCGGAGCUGAAUGUCCAUAUAGUGUGCACCAGCGAAGUCCUGGAGCUGAUGAUGUGUGCUCCCUACGAAAAAAAGACUGGAUGGUCUCUAGGUGUCACCCGAUAUCGCAACACAAUGUACAUCUGCCGCAUUGAUAGCGAAAAACCCGACCCGUUUGACCAGGACUAUCUGAGGAGAAUCAUGCAAGAAUCAUGGCUUAGGAAGCUUCGAAGCCAUUGUGUAUUUGAAAACGGCGUCGAGGUGCAGAAGCAAAAUCAAUCUUCUGAAGGUUUUCGUUUUAAUGCCGUCUUUUCCUUUGACUUAAAUGGUAAUCGAGUGCUAUUUGAUUCGCCAGUACUAGCCGAAAUGAGUCCCAAUGAAUUGAAUGGCUCUACCUUAAACUGGGCAGAGCUGCAGAUGCGUCUAUUGCACAUGAGCCGAUCGGAUUGGUCAGUGCACAAUCGCACGGAGGCCCUUAAGUGGUGGGUCAAGUGUUUCCUGCUGGGCAUCAAAAGCCUCUAUAUAGCCCAUCACGAUGAGAACGCCUUUGUGCUCAACAUUAAGAAGACUUCAGUCCGGGAUUUAUGGAAGGAUUGCGAAAAAGAUUGGUCGACUGGAGUGUGCGCCAACUUCAUGGUUCGCUUACUCAAUUGUAUGUCUCAAGUCAUGGCGCCGAUCGACUGCCCCAGCACCGUAUACCUAUUCAAGUUCGACGCGAGCCAAGGAAUAGUAUCUUACAAGGGCUUGCAAGGGCGGAAUCAGUACACUUUCGUUUCGGACUGGUUCCGGAUGAUGCUGGACGAACACACGAACGAGUUGCAGGCCAAGUCUAGCAGAGUUUGAAAGGAUCUA